AUGUUCUUCCUCAUACUCGUCCUGCUUCACUCUUCCUCUGUUUUUGCUUCUUCAUCCUCCAUUGCUGCACUUACAAGAGGUAAAGAAGCGGAAGCUCUUCUAAAAUGGAAAGCUAGCCUUGACAACAACACCCAAACUUUGCUCUCUUCUUUGUGGGUUGGAGACAGCCAUUGCAGUUGGGUUGGAAUUACCUGCGACAAGGCUGAAAGCAUCACCAAUAUAAGCCUUCCAGACUAUGGGUUGAAAGGUACACUUCAUAGUCUUAACUUUCUUUUCUUCCCUAACCUGAUGAGGCUUAACCUUCGUAACAACUCAAUGUAUGGGCCCAUUCCCUCACACAUUGGGAACCUUUCCAAGCUCACCUUCCUUGACUUGUGUCAAAAUAAUUUCUCUGGUUCAAUCCCUGCUUCCAUAGGAAACUUGACCAGUCUAUCCAGUCUCUACCUUCAUCAAAAUAUGUUUUCUGGGUCGAUACCUCAAGAGAUAGGCAUGCUUAAAUCUCUCAGUGACUUUGCGUUGAGUCAAAAUAAUUUCUCUGGUUCAAUCCCUGCUUCCAUAGGAAACUUGACCAGUCUAUCCACUCUCUACCUUUAUCAAAAUAUGUUUUCUGGGUCGAUACCUCAAGAGAUAGGCAUGCUUAAAUCUCUUACUGACUUUGAUUUGAGUCAAAAUAAUUUCUCUGGUUCAAUCCCUGCUUCCAUAGGAAACUUGAUCAGCCUAUCUGUUCUCUACCUUGAUCAAAAUAUGUUUUCUGGGUCGAUACCUCAAGAGAUUGGCAUGCUUAAAUCUCUCACUGACUUUGCGAUGAGUCAAAAUAAUUUCUCUGGUUCAAUCCCUGCUUCCAUAGGGAACUUGACCAGUCUAUCCACUCUCUACCUUUAUCAAAAUAUGUUUUCUGGGUCGAUACCUCAAGAGAUAGGGAUGCUUAAAUCUCUCACUGACUUUGAGUUGAGUCAAAAUAAUUUCUCUGGUUCAAUCCCUGCUUCCAUAGUAAACUUGACCCGUUUAUCCACUCUCUACCUUUAUCAAAAUAUGUUUUCUGGGUCGAUACCUCAAGAGAUAGGGAUGCUUAAAUCUCUCUCUGACUUUUCUUUGAGUCAAAAUAAUUUCUUUGGUUCAAUCCCUGCUUCCAUAGGAAACUUGACCAGCUUAUCCACUCUCUAUCUUCAUCAAAAUAUGUUCUCUGGUUCAAUCCCUGCUUCAAUUGGAAACAUGAUGAAGCUUGCAAGGUUACAUCUUCAUUAUAAUCAUUUAUCAGGGCCAAUUCCUUCAACGCUCAACAAUCUUACUCAUUUGCAAUCAUUACAAUUAGGUGAUAACCAUCUCAGUGGUCCAUUACCUAAAAAUUUAUGCAAGGGAGGACAACUCGCAAAUCUUUCGGUUAUCAACAACAAUUUGACGGGUCAUAUCCCAGCAACUUUGAAAAAUUGCAAAAGUUUAUUCAGAGUUAGGCUUGAAGGAAACAACUUUACAGGAAAUAUAUCCGAAGCUUUUGCUGUGUAUCCGAAUUUGAAUCAUAUUUCAUUAAGCAACAACAGAUUUUAUGGUGAACUUUCUCCAAAAUGGGGGCAAUGUCAUAAUCUAACAAGCCUACAAAUCUACAAUAACAACAUUUCUGGAAAGAUACCACUUGAGUUGCAACAUGCAACUCAAUUACAGGAACUUGAUCUCUCUUCAAAUCAUCUUGUUGGUGAGAUUCCUAAGGAAUUAGCAGCAUUGACAUUGAUGUUCCGUCUUCUGCUAAGUGGUAACCAACUUUCAGGCAAAAUUCCACCAGAGAUUGGAGUUCUUUCAAAUUUACAACAUCUUAACUUGGCAUCAAACAAUUUAAGUGGUUCGAUUCCUUAUCAACUUGGAGAGUGCUCAAAUUUAUGGAAUUUGAAUUUGAGUAAAAAUAAACUUGGAGAAAGCAUUCCAUUUUCAAUAAGCUUCAUAUAUGGUCUUCAAAUUCUAGAUUUGAGUCAUAAUUUUAUUAUUGGAGCGAUACCACAACAGCUUGGGGAACUACACUCCUUGGAAAUAUUGGAUCUUUCUCAGAAUAUGCUCAAUGGUUCCAUCCCAGUUUCUUUCAGUGAUUUGCAAAGCUUGACUGUUGUGAAUAUCUCAUACAAUCAAUUAGAAGGCCCUAUUCCCAACAUUAAGGCAUUCCAUGAGGCUUCAUUUGAUGCCUUACGAAACAAUAAUGGCCUAUGCGGUAAUGCCACUGGACUAAUGCCUUGUGUUGUCGUUCAUAGAGAAAGCACCAAAGUCACCAUUUUCAUUGUGCUUCCACUCUUUGGUCUUCUUUUUCUCUUUAUCAUGGUUGGAAGUUUCCUUAUUCUUUGCCAAAAGAAACGAACCAGAAAAUCUGAGUUAAUGGAGGCACAACUUGGAGAUAUUGUCACAAUAUGGGGAUAUGGAAGAAUACUCUAUGAGAACAUUAUUGAAGCCGCUGAAGAUUUCAGCUUCAACAAUUACAUUGGUUCAGGAGGCUAUGGAGCUGUUUAUAAAGCUGUGCUACCCAUUGGUGAGGUGGUUGCUGUGAAGAAACUUCACCAAUCUGAAGAUAGCAUGAUUUCUAGCAACUUGAAAGCCUUUGAAAGCGAGAUUCAUGCUUUAUCAGAAAUAAGGCAUCGUAACAUUGUGAAGCUGUAUGGCUUUUGUUCACAUCCAAAGAAUUUAUUUUUGGUUUAUGAGUUUGUAGAAAAGGGAAGUUUGAAAAUGGUGUUAAGCAACAAGGACGAGGCAAUGGAGUUGGAGUGGGAGAAGAGGCUAAAUGUUGUAAAAGGAGUGGCCAAUGCCUUGUCUUAUAUGCAUCAUGACCAUUCACCACCUAUAAUUCAUCGAGACAUUUCCAGCAACAAUGUUCUUCUGGAUUUGAACUAUGAGGCUCAUAUCUCAGAUUUUGGCACAGCCAGGCUUUUAAAGCCAGACUCCUCCAAUUGGACCUCACUUGCUGGCACUUUUGGAUACAUAGCUCCAGAGUUGGCUUAUACAAUGAAAGUAGAUGAGAGAUGUGAUGUUUAUAGUUUUGGGGUGCUAACAAUGGAAAUAAUUAUGGGGAGGCAUCCUGGUGAUUUUAUUUCAUGUUUGCCAUCAUCGUUUUCGGCAUCGACAUCAACAUCAACAUUGGCACCAAAUGACAACCAACAGAUUUUAUUUAAAGAUGUGAUUGACCAUCGUCUUUCACCACCAGUAAGACGAAUUGCAAAGGAUGUUGUCUCCACUACAAAGCUAGCAUUUGCAUGCUUGAAUGGCAAUUCCCAACUUCGGCCAACCAUGCGACAAAUUGCUCAAGCCCUUACCCGUCAAUCACUUCCAUUGCCCAAUCCUUUCUCAAUCAUAAAAUUGGGAGAAUUGUGGGAUCAUGAAAUCUGAAAUGGCUAAUAUUAAGGUGCUAACAAUUUGAAUAAUAAAUCUAAGCAUGUGUAUUUGCUUUCAAUCUAUUUCUUGAUCUCUUCUUUGUAUUGAAAAUGUUUAAGCACUCUGGUAAUAAAGCUUUUGUAGUGAAUUGAC